AUGACUUCAAACAAGCUCUUGAGCACAGCAACUUGGUUUACCAUAGAAACCCCUUGCCAUUGAUAACCUUCGUCUUAUUGGUGCUAAUUACUACCAGGGUACCUCCAUUGCAAGGCCUAGGAUGGGAAACGGACGUAUCUUCCUGGUGGAUGGUGGACUUAGGUGAAGAUCACCAGUUCCAGAAGAUCAAAAACGAGAAAGAAAAUCAGCGAAAUGAUAAUGAAUUAGGACACAAAGGAAGGAGGAAUCUGGUUUCAUGUGCAAAACGUGGAUCUUCGGUGUCCUCAAGCAAAAUGGUUGGUCGUACGUCUCUUGCACCGGUUUCAGCUGGAAGUCAAGCAAAUCAGGGCCUUCGCUUUGGUGCAACAAAUGUGUAUCAACAAACGGGAUCACU